AUUUUACAAGAGGGUGACUCCGAUGUUAAAGAAAUUUGGAGAGAAGGCAUACACAAAAGCCUUUAAAAGUCGUUAUUUUUAUGACCUCUGAGAUACACAAGAAGUUAAGGUGGUGAAUAAAUUCAUAAAUGAUAAUGUAGCUUCGCUAUCUUACCAAAUUUGAAUACUUCGUUGAAAAAAUUCAGAGAUAGAACUUAUAAAACAACUGAAUUGUCGAUUUGGAUUUGCCGAUAUUAAAACCUGGCUCGCAUUCCUCGCAGCAGCAGAUCAUGCGGGCACCCUUAUCUUUUCCCAGAUGCUGUUGCAAAAUGUUUAAAAAAACGGAACUACCUUACACCGAGAAUAGUUACCACACUCUUCAAGCUUCAAUUUCAGAACUGAUCUUUUGUGAGAGUUCUUAAUACAUUUUCGGAAUCAUCACCACAGCAAGACUUUCAUUAUAGGCUAACAAGUUUGGCAAAUCAUGGGACCAGCAAAGAGGGUAGCCGUGGUGGGUGCUGGGGUAAGCGGUCUGGUUUCGGUCAAAGCAUGCCUUGAAGAGGGACUGGAACCCGUGUGCUAUGAACGGAACGAUGAGAUAGGUGGAAUAUGGGUAUAUCGUGAUACAAAUCCAAACGGGCAGUCCGAUGCGGCCAUCUACGAAGGUUUGGUCACCAACUCGAGCAAAGAGAUGAUGUGCUUCAGUGAUUUCCCGUUCCCGCGGGACUGGGCACCCUACAUCCAAGGUCGACAACUCAACGAGUAUUACCACGCCUACGCUGAAAGAUUUGAUCUCAACAGACAUAUACAUCUUAAUACCGAGGUUUUGUGUGUCGAGAAGACUAAGGAUCACGAAACGACGGGCCAGUGGUCUGUAUUGGUCCGGAACCAGGAUGGGACAGAGAGCGAGUCUGUCUUCGAUGCUGUCAUGGUGUGUACGAGUAUCUUCAACAAGCCAUUCGUUCCGUCAUACCCUGGAAUGGACGUCUUCAAAGGAGAGAUCUGCCACAGUCAACAGUUCCGUAAAGGAGAAAACUUCAAAGACAAGACAGUUCUUGCUGUUGGUGGUUCCCAUUCAGCAGGAGACAUGGCUGUCAAUUCCAGUCGAUUCGCAAAACAGGUAUACCUCAGCACACGUACAGGAACCUGGUUGAUGAACCGGAUGCAGUCAGAUGGUAUGCCUCGUGAUAUGACCAUCCACCGUCGCUACAUGACCCAUGUUCCCGUGAGCUGGAAGUUGAAGAGAUUCGAACAGGAGAGUAUUACCAGGGUGGACCCAUCGCUCAUUGGUAUCAAGAGUUCCAAGCGAUAUGGUACCACGACGGUCAUGAUCAACGAUGAUCUAGGCACGAUGGUCCUCAAUGGCAAAGUUAAGACGAAGCCUGGAAUAGAUCACUUUACUGAGACAGGGGUUGUGUUCAAAGAUGGCUCAACCAUUGAAAAUCUGGACGCUGUCGUCUUCGCAACUGGAUUCCAAAUAUGCAAUCCGUUCAUCAGUUCUGAUAUCAUACCAGAUCGUCUAGAGGAUAUGGAAAUGUUCCACUUUGUUUGGCCAGCAAAAGAGAAACAGCACACUCUGGCAGCCAUCGGGUACAUCAUGAUCAUUGGACCACAUGCCCCGGCCCUGGAGCUACAGGCUCGAUGGGCCGUCCAGGUCUUCCAGAAGAAAGUAGGACUACCCCCACAGGAGGUCAUGAUGAAGGAAAUCAAGGGCCGUAAGAUGGGAACCUUCAAGAGAUUCGGCAAACAUAAGAUACAGACUCUUCCACUGCCAUACCAGGACAUCAUAGCUGGUUUCAUCGGAGCUCGACCCAACUUCAAGUCCUUGAUCUUCAGUGAUCCUUGGCUCGCCUAUCAACUCUUCUUCGGACCGGCCUACCCUGCAGGAUAUCGACUGUUUGGACCGCAUACUUGGCCGAAAGCCCGGGAACACAUCGCACGUGGCGUCGAUAAUGUCAUAUUCCCGACCAGGACACGCAUCGUUGAAACGGCGCAAAAUGCGGGGAGCAUCUUCCGCCUGACAGUGAACGGAUUUCUCAAGACAGCAUUUAUGGCUGUUCUGGCCAUAUUUAUUCUUUCUGUUCUAACCUAAUAUGGACAUGCAAUGUAAAUUUAUACAAACAUUAUGCAUAUUGUAAAAUAAAAGACAAGAUACAUAUAAUAGUAAUAAAAAUAGUGGGUUCUUAUUCCGUGCUCACAUCUGUCAGAUAUGAAACUCCUGGUGCUCAACAUUUUAUUUUAAUCUUAGCAUAGCUGCCACUGGGCACGUCAGUGUUUCAAGGAACAAAAUACUUGUUCCGCACAACAGCAUUACCAUUACCGUAACUUGAAUCCCUUGUUUGGUAGAUGUGUACAAUAUGGAUCUUUUGUAUAUAUAUUUUUUUUAUUUCAUUAUUACCAGUGAUGUGUGAAAAGCCCCAGGCCAAGGCCAUAGACAGACUGUGCAGAGCACAAUGCUAAUGUCAUACAAAUACCCUCAAGGCCAGGCUCAAUGAUCUUAACGCUCCACAGGAUUUCCAUAAAAAUAUAUAGUUUAGGUAGAGCUAUUUCCUGGCCUUGUUCAUUUAUUCAUUUAUUUAUUUCAAAUAUUCAAAAGAAGGGUAGCCCAAUCAGCAACAAGCUGGUUUUCGUUGGGGCCCUUCGUAAACAAACACAAAUAUAAAACAUGGUGUUACAUUCAAAUAUAAACAAAGAAUAGAGCAUAAAUACUAAUAUUGAAAAAUAAAAUAAUGAAUAAUCAUAAUUAACUAUGGAAAAUAACAAAAUAAAUAAAAUAUGAUACUAUACAAAUGUUACCUAAAAGUAAACGAAAAUUACAUAUACACAUGAAAAGAUAAGAUAUGUACAAAAUGAGGAGAAAGAAUAAAUUCCACCAUUAGUCCCUACUACAUAUCAAAUGUUUUUUGCCAUUUCCCGUUUAAACUGUUUAAUAUCAUCUAUGAAUCGGAGGUGUUCGGGUAAUUUAUUCCAAUGCAAUGGGCCUGUGACAAAAAAUGAUUUCUGGUAAAAGGUUGUACGAUAUGGCACCCUGAUUAUCAUUCAUGGACCUCCUCUGAGGCCAAUACCAAAGGCCCAAGGCCAAAGACUGUGUACCCGUGAGGCCAUGUCCAAAGACUUCUUACCCGUCAGGCCAAUGCCAAAGGUCCAAUGCCGAAGAAUUUAUACCUCCAAGGACAACUACACUUGUCCCCGAGACUGGUCUUGGGGAGUACAAAUCUGAUUGUCACAUUAUAUUUAUUAAUGUCUCAAUGCACUUGGAUUUGGUUUUUAAAAAUUAACACAUUCAUUCAUAACAUAUUGAACACAGCUGGUUUCUUAAGAUGCUUAAUGAUCUGUAAUUAUUCGUAUUUAUUGUCUCAAUUUCAUUUGAUCUCAUUCAACGUGUUCGAAAUUUUUGCUUUGAAAUGUUAAUCUGUUUAUACUUUUGGUUACAGACUUUAUAGAGUUGUUUGGAGGAAUAAAAAGGCAUUAAAUAAAUAGCAGAAUUAUUCUCUGAUCGUGCAAUAUACAUGUAGUGAUGGAAGAAGUUUAUACAGCAAUAAAGGUAACAAAUAAA